CUUUUUUUUGUGUGGCGACCCUGAUGAAAAUAAACACUGACAUUUAUUAUUUGUAUCAGUUUUGAAAUUUCCUCUCCAAUUUUCGCUAGAAUUCUUAAAACGAUCUAAUUGAAACAGAGUAAAACAAUGGGGCCCGCAACCUCUUCUUGAGGUUAUGUCAUCCAACCGUUGAAAUGUCCAUUAAUGUGACCGUCUCCGGCAACCCCGUGCGUAUAAACCGAGGCAAAAUGGUAACAGCCUCCGAUCCGACGAAAGCCGAAUUCGAGAAACGUCGCUUAAUGCGCUUGGAACAAGUCCGAGAACAAUCAAAACACAUCGCCGAAAACCUACGUAACAAAGUAAAAAAACAAAAAGCGAACUGCAUAACACAAAUCGAGAAAGAGGGAGAAGUGCAGUUGAAGAACUGGCAAGCACGGAAGCUACUCGAGCUGCAAAAUCAGUACCAGGAGGCUCUUGACGAGAUUGGUUUGGGCCACAAGGAUGCUGUACGUGUGCAAGAAGAAGAGGAGGUUCUUGAUGAGCAGAAAGAGAGUAACGAGAUACUGGCGAGGGUCAGGGGACGGGCGGCGGCAGAGAGACUGCAGAUUGAGAGGAAUGAGGAAAGUUUGAGGAGGGCCAUGCCAAGACAAAGGAGGAUAUUUACUAGUGACAUGGAAAAUAGGAGGGCGAAUGCAGUGAGGUCGGGAAAGAAAGGGAAAAGUCCGUUUAAGAAGAAGAAGGGGCAAGUUUUUGAUUCAGAUGGGGAGAACAAGAUCCCUCAGCUGGAGGGGUUGGGGGAGGAGUCGUCAAGUAGCAGUUCGGGUGGGGAGGAAGUGAAGAGGAAGAGGAGCGAUGGGUGGAGAAGUACAAAGGAGCAACCAACUAUGGAUACGCAAAAAAGUUCGAAAGAACAACAAACUAGUGCUACUAUGUUUCAAGUUCCCACCAGUGAUAAGGCCGCCCAAACAAUUCUCCUCUCAGAAGACCCAGAACCAGUACGUCCCACAACCAGUGAUUUUUUUGUGGAUACCAGAAUAUCGGAACGAAUAAAAAGAAGAGCGAAACUGAAUCCAGAAGUCGACUAUUGUGAUUUUCUCGAAAAAAGCGCCCCAGCAAAAACGAAUUUUUGUACGUGUUGUAAUUGUCCCAUGAACCACGCGCAUGGUAAAGUUUUUGACUCUGAAACUACUAAUGUAGUUCAUACGGAAUCGACACAUAAGUCUGCAACCUCGUUAAAAGACGACAAAAUCGAAAAUACUCGAAAGAAUGAAACAAUUAUUCCUGAUAAUGCCGAAAUGUUGCCUGUAGGUGAUCCGCACUUCAGAACAGAGACUGAACAUAUAGCACCCACAAUUCCUCAAAAAUCUUCUACAAGUUUGGAAGUAGAUAAAACAAAUUCACGCUUUAGAACAGAAACCGAAAAUACAGUACCUGUCACAAUUCCUCAAAGAUCAUCCACAAGUUUGGAAGUAGAUAAAACAAAACCGACUACUAAAAGUGACAGAAUCGUAACUAAAACAACCACCACAGCGAAAGCAGCUCCUCAACGCUCAGCCGCAGUAUUUGAGAAGAAAAAGAAAGACGAUCCAAAACCUAAAAGUAUCAUUCCUGCAAAACCUAAAAUCACACUAAGGCCCACCAAAGACCGACCUGUGUACAUAGGAACCGAACCGAGGGCGCAACCGGUACAAUUUUAUGACCACCCAAAUAGGUACUCCAAGUCGUACGUGCCUAAAACUACCCCCGUCGACAAAAUCGACGACGAAGAAAUCGUCGUUUCUCCAAACGUCUUAAGCGAAGACGAAAUUCGAGAGAAGAUGCGUCAGCGCGACAUCGAAGCUCACGUUCGUGGACAGGCUGCCCUAGAAAAAGAGAAAGUCCAAAGGGAAUACCGCGAUUUGCUGAAAAAACUUCCCGCUUUGCAAAAACAGGAACGUAUCUUCGAGAUCGGUACCGACAAGGAAAGGUACCACAUGUCUAAAGAUCGAUUAGAAGAUCUGGAAAAAAGAAGACAGAAUAGACUGGACAACGCGUACGAAGAAUUGUUUGUCAGGCAAAAACCAGCAAUCGUCACACUUCCUAAAAGAAAAGACGACCGGGAGGAAAGGCCAAGUUUGAAUCUUGCUGCAUGGGACGUGGAUUUCGACCCGGAUGCAUCGAAUAGAAGCCGCAGCGAUAAGUUGAGUCGGUUGCUUUCAAACUUGAAAAGUCAGAAGGAAUCGCUUUUAAAAGAAAUCAAAAGUACGCUGUCUCGCGAAAAAUUGACCUUACCUACGAAGAGUAGCGACGAUCGUCAAGAUGACGUGAAGUCUAAAUCGACCGACUACACGCGUACUAAUAAAAGAAAACGCACAACGGAAGAACGACCGCCUUCUUCCAGUUCUAGCGAUAUUGUUGUGGAAGAAGAAACUGACACUAGAACGAAAUCGACAAAGAAGAGCACGGUGAUAUCAACAACCAGUACGAGUAGUCCUUCGCCCAGAAAAAAGCCUAAACUAAAGACCUCCAGAAAGACGAUAGUUUUACAAAACACGAGUACCCAAACAACGCCUGUACCAGAAAAACAAAGCGUUGCGACUUCACCAGUUUCUAAAACUCCGCCGGUUUCUACAGAAGUGUGUCCUUGCGUAAAAGGCGGUUUGGAUGACUUGUGCGAAAUUGUGAUUAAAAUCAAAGAAGAUGAAAAACCCCAAAUUCAAGUUAAUCCGCCAUUUUUGGGGAAGAAUGUCAGAGUGGUGACUGAAGAAGUGGAGGCUUCGAAAGAGGAACUUCGCGAGUCUCCCAAAAAAUCAACGUCGUGGGGAGAACAACUGAUACAUAGUAGUUCUUCCCAGUCAACUUCCAGUACUACGUAUAUGGAUCCCCCGCCGUCUGCCAGGAGUGAUAAGGGAAAGACCGCAAAGUCGCCUGAAGAAGAGAUGUCAAGGAAGUCGUCUACGAAGUCAAAACUAAAAACACUCGAAGAAGAGAUGUCAAGAAAAUCCACGAAAUCAAAACCAAAAAUACUGGAAGAGGAGAUAUCAAGAAAAUCGUCUGCGAAGUCAAAACCAAAAACACCUGAAGAAGAAACGUCAAGAAAGUUGUCUACGAAGUCAAAAACAAAAACACCCGAAGAUGAGUCAUCUCGAAGGUCGACUCAACACUCGUCCGAGUUUGAGGAACUCUACAGGAGUUUGAAUAGUACCGGGUCUGACGGACGAAUUGAUCCCAGACUGUUGACGUACAUCAGGAAGCUUUUAAAUAUGUCAAGGGCCAGCAUAGAUGAACUCACUGUUAGUACCGGUAGUGAGGUUUCCACUCCUAGUCAUAGCGUUAUUGAAACUCCUUCCAACAACCCUUUACUACAACUUGUGAAUGUUAUGAAGUACUUCAAUUUAGAUGCUGCUGAACUACAGAAGCAGCUGAGUUACGCAUCUGACGGCAGUAGUAAACAGUACAACACCAGUGAGAGUACCACUCUUACUUCUAGUAGCUCAGACGGUGACAGGUCCCAGUUCAAGUCAUGCAUCGAAAUUGCUGACAGGGUGGAAGAUUCGAAUAAAAAACUACUCCAGUAUGCGGACAUCGCGGCGUCCUGUACUGAAAAAAUCAACAGCUUAACUGCCAUGAUCGAGAAAGUCCGCGCGGAGAAGAAGAAGAUGAUAGAAAAUUCGACCUCUGGAAGCGAUAAGGAUUUGACAACGACGUCGUACAAAGAUUUACCUGAGAAAAAAGAGAAAGAGAAGUCGCCCAAAGACGAACCCCGUAAGCUACUGAUACAUCCACCAGAGAAAAAAGAUAAGGAGAAGUCGCCCAAAGACGAACUCGAUAAGUUACUAACGAUAGACUACGGUUAUGCUGAACAAUUGAAACGACUAUCGCAGGAAGAAAUCCAGAGCGAGAAAAAACGAGCAGAAGAAGAACCAACAGACGACGAAUUGUUGGGCAGGUUGCAGAAGUUGCUAGACGAUAAUAAAAACAGGAAGAAUGUACAUGCGACACCUAAACAGAGAACGGUAGUUGAAGUAAAAGAUCAAAAAGUUGUGCAAGAUUUUGGUGGCGAACCUGUGGCGUUCACGUCAGAGAAGAAAGUGGUGGAAACUACUGACGACGGUAAAACUGUUGGUACGUUAGUGACGAGAACGACGGUUAGAUUGAGGCCAACCGAAGAACCUAAAGACCCUGCACCGCUAUUUCUCGACAUACCGAAACUCCCUCGCCUCGAGGCGCCCUCUCUGGAAAAAAAGAAGAAACGUCCACCUACGUCUAAAGGAAUGCGUGCCAUAGCUGGUAAUGCUCACGAACUUUCGACUAUAAUUGAAGCCGACAGUCAGAUAACGACGAAGGUGGAAAGCCCAUCCAAAAGUAAGAGUAGCGCAGGUUCCAAAUCUGGUAGCGUUUCAGACGUUGGAGCUGGAAGUAAGUCGCAGUCCAGUGACGACGUGUCCGAAAUGGACACCAUGGAAACCAUGUUGAUUAGUAUAGGAAUGGAGUGGGCUAUACCUACCUUGAAAAAGACAAGGGAGGCUUUAGCGAUGACAUCCAGUUCCAGCGGGUCCAAGGAGAGCGGCGAAGUGAGUUUGAGGGAUUUUUUGAGUAAGAUUUCCUCAAGUACGAGCAAAUCGGAAGAAGGAUCGAUGUUGAGCGAGUCUCAGGGAGUUUCUUUGAUCCAAGUGGAUAAUCGCAGGACGUCGACGCCUAUUACAAACAACAACAAGGAAGGGCCCAUUUUUAUUACGGAUUCAGACGUGAGUUCGGUGAGGGAGCAUUCGGACAGGAAAGAUUCGACGGAGAAGUUCUAUGAUUUGAAUGAGGAGUCCCUGUCGAAAAGUAGGUGAAAAUUGUUGAUUUUAUUAUGUAUUUAUUUUUUUAAUGAAGUAUUUUAAUAAAUGGAUUUUUAUGAAAAAGUGUAAA